AUGGCCGAUAAGACAUUCACCUUUGCCGAGGUUGCGACUCACAACACCAAGAAGGACCUCUACAUGAUCAUCCAUGACAAGGUCUACGAUGUCGCCUCUUUCGUCGAUGAACACCCUGGUGGUGAGGAAGUUCUUCUAGAUGUCGGUGGUCAAGAUGCCACCGAGGCUUUUGAGGAUGUUGGCCACAGCGACGAGGCCCGUGAGAUCCUGGAGGGCUUGCAAGUCGGUGUCGUUGAGAGAAAGCCCGGUGACCCUGCUCCCAAAUCUUCCAGCUCCACCUCUGGCCAGACUGCCGGCUCCGGCUCCAGCUCUGGCGGACUAGGUGUCGGUCUCUACGCUAUCCUCCUGCUUGGCGCUGCUGCCGCCUACGGCGCUUAUCAGUACAUCCAAUUGACCUCGGCCGAGAAGCAGUAA